AUACACACUCCAACAGCGCAGUCGGAUCUGUUACAUAUUGGGCCAACCCACAUUUAGUUCUCAACAGCGAGAUGCAGGCCCAAAGACUCGCGCAAACCACUGGGCGCAGCGCUCGAGUUCAGCCGUUCGUCAGUGCAAAGAUCAGCUCCGUGCGUCGUAGCCGGGCCCUUACCAUGCGGGCAACUGCGUCCUACGAGCUUGACCCGGACAAUGCAAGCAUCCUAGUCUGCGGCGGCGGUGGUGUUGCGCUGCACGUCACGCGGAAGCUCAAGGACAUGGGUUCAUGGGUUUGGAUGAUGCAGCGCACCGACAUUCGCAAGGCCGAAAUCGAAAAGAUGAUGGCCUUCGUCCCGAAGGGCGAUGCUCUGAGCAAGGACGACGUCCAGCGUGUUUUUGACGGUAUUGAGGAGGUGGAUGCCGUGGUGUGCACACUGGGCGGCAGUGUGGCUGACCCACGGGUCGACAGCGAGGGCAACAUCAACGUCAUUGACGCCGCCGUCAAGAAAGGCGUCAAGAAGUUCAUCCUGGUGACCAGUGUGGGCUGCGGAGACAGCAAGGACGCGCCAGGGGAGCGCGUUUACAACAUCCUGAAGCCGGUGCUUGUGGAGAAGGACAAGGCCGAGGAACACCUCAAGGCCGCUGGCGCCGAUGGCAAGCUGACGUAUGUUAUCAUCCGCCCUGGCGGACUGGUUUCGGAGCCCGCCACCGGUAGCGCCAUUUUGACGGAGGACUCCUCCGCCAGCGGCAUGAUUCAUCGUGAAGAUGUGGCGUCGCUGGUGGUGAAGGCGCUGUUCUCUAUGAAGGCCGACAACAAGGUCCUCACCGCCAUUGACCCGACCAAGAUUCCCGGGCCGGAGCGCGUCGCCUUCCAGCUCUAAGCCGCUGCGGCAGCAGUAGCCACAUCCCGCUGAGCGCAUACUUGUCGGUCGCUUGAUUCUUUAAUACCUCGUGACUUGACCUCCUUUCCACGAGGGAAAUUUCUGAGGUAUUCCCGCUCAUGAAUCAGCUUUCCACGAGAAGGAAGACUUGCGCUUAUUGUUGUUGGGCGAGAUCCCUCUUGAACCCCGAUCCCGUCCGUAGUGGGGGCUCAGGGUUUUUGGAUUAUAAAAUACCGAGGCAUACCGAGGCCGUCAGGAGGGCUGGCUGGGGCUAGAGGGCGAGGGGCUUCCCUUGCCCUGCUUGGCGGUGGAUGAGAGCGGAGGCCCCGAGUAGCGGGUUGUGGUGGCAGAAGACUGCUAAAAGGCAUUAGAAUGCAGCCAGGUUUACUUCUGAGUUAUCAUGCUCCGAAGCUUAAUCAGGAACGUCCAGAAGACAUUUUAUGUUAUCGUGCGCGUGUGUGUGUGUGGAAAAUUGUGCGGGAUCCGGGCCUUCGCAAAUAGUUAGGUAGUGUAACAAUAAUGAUCAGCUUAAUUAUGGCACCCGGAAAUCCGAGAGACUAGGAAAGCAAACCGACAGACAAACUUACCGAUGCAACUAAUGGUAAAAAAUUAUACGAUAUCAAGUAGAUGUUUAACUUUCGUAAAGCG